ACCCCCCUUGCCAUUAUUUAUCCCAUCUCCGUCUCCGUCUCCCUCUCCCUCUCCGCAAUAGCCCGUCCCCGCCGCCGGAUUCGAUCCCGUCUCCGGCCGACGCGACCAUUUCCCGCACCGCCAGAUCCUCUCGGCUCGGCCCGGCCGCCGCGCACCUCCCGCGAUUACAGCGACCGCAAUACCAGCAACGCCUCCUCCACAAACGGGGCCGGGGAGGGAGGAUCCAUUCAGCCAGUAGUCCACGCCUUUGACUCGCACUCCGCUUCCAGAUCUAGGCGGGCGGGCCGAGGAACGAUGGACGGAGUCUCCGCCCCGCCGCCCCACCGGCGGCUGCCGGACUUCCUCCAGAGCGUGAACCUCAAGUACGUGAAGCUGGGGUACCACUACCUCAUCACCCACCUGCUGACGCUGACGCUGCUGCCGCUGAUCGCCGUGAUCCUGCUGGAGGCCGGGCGCACCGACCCGGACGACCUGCGCCAGCUCUGGCUCCACCUCCAGUACAACCUCGUGUCCGUGCUGGUCCUCUCCGCCGUGCUCGUGUUCGGCGCCACCGUCUACGCGCUCACCCGCCCGCGCCCCGUCUACCUGGUGGACUUCGCCUGCUACCGCCCGCCCGCGCACCUCCGGGUCCGCUUCGACCAGUUCAUGCGCCACUCCCGCCUCUGCGGCUUCUCCGACGACGCGCUGGAGUUCCAGCGCAAGAUCCUGGAGCGCUCGGGCCUCAGCGAGGAGACGUACGUCCCCGAGGCCAUGCACGCGCUCCCGCCCCAGCCCACCAUGGCCAACGCCCGCGCCGAGGCCGAGGCCGUCAUGUUCGGCGCGCUCGACGCCCUCUUCCGCUCCACGGGCGUCAAGCCCAAGGACGUCGGCGUGCUCGUCGUCAACUGCAGCCUCUUCAACCCGACGCCGUCUCUGUCGGCCAUGGUCGUCAACAGGUACAGGCUCCGCGGGAACGUCCGCAGCUUCAACCUCGGCGGGAUGGGGUGCAGCGCGGGCGUCAUCGCCGUCGACCUGGCGCGCGACAUGCUGCAGGUGCACCGCGCCACCUACGCCGUGGUGGUCAGCACGGAGAACAUCACCCAGAACUGGUACUUCGGGAACCGCAAGUCCAUGCUCAUCCCCAACUGCCUGUUCCGCGUGGGCGGCGCGGCGGUGCUGCUGUCCAACCGCGGCGCGGACCGGCGCCGCGCCAAGUACGUCCUCAGGCACGUGGUGCGCACGCACAAGGGCGCCGACGACAGGGCCUUCGGCUGCGUGUACCAGGAGCAGGACGGCGAGGGCAAGACCGGCGUGUCGCUGUCCAAGGACCUGAUGGCCAUCGCGGGCGGCGCGCUCAAGACCAACAUCACGACGCUGGGCCCGCUCGUGCUGCCCGUCAGCGAGCAGCUCCUCUUCUUCGCCACGCUCGUCGCCAAGAAGCUGCUCAGCGCCAAGACGAAGCCCUACAUCCCGGACUUCAAGCUGGCGUUCGAGCACUUCUGCAUCCACGCGGGCGGGCGCGCCGUCAUCGACGAGCUGGAGAAGAACCUGCAGCUGAGCCCGGCCCACGUGGAGGCGUCCCGGAUGACGCUCCACCGCUUCGGCAACACCUCCAGCAGCUCCAUCUGGUACGAGCUCGCCUACAUGGAGGCCAAGGGCCGCGUCCGCCGCGGCCACCGCGUCUGGCAGAUCGCCUUCGGCAGCGGGUUCAAGUGCAACAGCGCCGUCUGGCACGCACUGCGCAACGUCAAGCCGUCGCCCGAUAGCCCCUGGGAGGACUGCAUUGACCGCUACCCGGUGGAGCUCGUCGACGGCUUCCCCACGCAGCAAUAGUACCUUCUUUUCUCUAUAUUCCCCUCCCACCCGUCCGUCCCCCAGCUUGUCGUCGCUGCACCUGCACCUGAACCAGAACCAGAACCUGCGGUAAGUUUGAGUAGUCCUGAUGAUGAUUGCUGUACUAUUUGUCUGUUCAGCCAUAUUGCUGCCAGACGAUUGUCAUUUAGUGGUGGUCCAGGCGGAGGAAGGGGGCCGUUCCUUCUCACUCUUACUACCAGAAAGGUCAUGCAUGCUGAUGACGAGGAAGGGAGUGCCUUACUCUAGCGCGCGUGUGUGUGUGUGCCGAUGGACGGAUCCAUGCAUCUAGUCUCUGUUUGUAGUGUUCAUUUGGAAACCUUGCUCUUGCUCUUGCUCUUUUUUAACUAUAUAUACAUACGGACAUACCGCAUGCCUGCCUUUGAUGAGCUUGUCGUAUGUAUGCACCAUGGUUCGUUCGUUGCUGUUUUCCUUCGUCAGAUUAUAUCUUGUUAAUUU